CAGCUGCCGAAAUGCGCUCAUCUCUAACUAGCUGGAGACCAUUUUUUGACAUCAAUUGAGAGGUUUAUAUGUAUAUGCAGGUAUCUGCACAUUUGUAGCAUAAGAUACGGGACAUGGAAAAAAAGUCUAAAGACGCGCUGCGUCGCUACAAAAAGUCGCGCCAGCACGCACACUCUAGCACCGAUAGCUCCAGCUCUGACACGGACACGGGCACCUCCAGCAGCUACUCCAGCUCCGACAGCGAGCAUCAUCAGCGCUCUAGCGAGCGGCAUCGCAAAAAGAAAAGUUCCCGUCGCGCUGCAUCGUCGUCGGGGGACGAUCGUCGAAAGCGCGACAAACGCGAUCAUGUCCAAAGGAAACUGGUCGCCAAACGUAAUCACAUCAAGCGGAAGCUGAAGGAGGCGCGUCUCAAGAAGCGCGCAGCUGCCGCUGCCGCAGCGCUCAGUGGCCAUGGACAUCGUGCAUUAUCGCCAGCAACGCAAGCCAAGCUGAAAAAGCUGGCCGAGCGAAAGCAUUUGCGUGCAACCAGCAAGGAGCAAAGGGAGCGCGAGAAGCUGCGUGCUGUGCAGCGGGAUCGAGAGCGGGACCAUCAUCGUUUGGGCAGUCGUUCGCCACCGCCCUCGUCGUCCACAACGACCACCACAAAAAUACGCAUACACCAGGAUGUGGGCAAGCGGGCAGCAAAGAGUCCAGGCCCCGGCCUUGGCUCCAGCUCCGCCUCCUCAUCGCGCAUGCAUCACCAGCUGAUGUCCCGUGAGAAGAUCAUCAUACAAACGCGCACCCGUGGCCGCACCCCCACGUCAUUGGAGCGGGAGAGAGAACGCGAACGCGAGCGGGAACGUGAGCAUCAACGACAUGAGCACAAACUGCAACAGCGUCACGAUGAUCUCUCCUUGCGUGAUCGCGAUCGGCGUGAGCGCGAACGUGAGCGUGCGGAACGUGAGGCAGCACGAGAUAAGGAGCGAGCAGAGGCGUUGGCGCGUUGCCAGGAACGGCAGCGCGAGCGAGAACGGUUGGCGCGCGAAAAGAUGCGGCGUCAGGAGGAGGAGGACAAGAAAUAUGGACGAGGAGCUGUUGUCGAACGGGACUUGGAUAUGGGAUCGUACGGCAGUCGAGAGCGUUCGCUAGAGACGGUAGAACGUGGCGUCGUCGGGCGACAUGUGCGCGAUAAGAGGGAAAUUGUCGAUGUCUACGAUCGAGAGCAGGAAUAUAUAGAGGCGGACCGACAUGGCAUGAUGGAUGAGAUGCGACGCUAUGGUGGUCAUCGACGACGCGAUCUUAGUCCACUGCCUGAGCAUUAUACGCCACGCAUGCGUGAUCCACGCGAUCUGUAUGCCGAGGACGAUCGUGAACGAGCCUACAAACGUGCCUAUUUGGACGCGCGCUACUCCUCCCGCGAACGUGAGGCUUGGCUGGAAGCGCGUGAGUUGCGCGAACGCGAGCUGCAAGGUCGUGAAUACCGAGAGCUAGAUCCCGAAGAUGCACUCUAUGCGGACGAACGGGAACGCAUGCUGCGGGACAGAGAGCGCGGUCCGCCGCCGCCUGUGGGGCGCGGUGAGUAUCGCAGCGAUUGGGAACGCGACUGGGAUGAGGAGAAUGGCGGUGCUAGCGGCACGCCCGGACGCGCCAGCGGCUUCAUAGGUGGACCCAAGCGUCUGGGUCUGUCCAACAAACAGCAGCAGACGCCACAGCAGCACCAUUCGGCCUCAGAGCCCGACUGGGACGCGGACGAACAGGAGGCUGCCGGCAACGUUGGUGUCAAAAACGAGCCCGCUUGGCUGGAACAUGACCAGCGCGAGAAACCACCGCCACGUUCCUGGCAGCCGUCCAACGACUGGCGCGACAGCGAAGAGCCGAGUUUUGGCCGCCCCGGUCCCGGUGCCUCCAACAGUGAGUCCAACCACCAUCCCUCCUCGCCACACCAUCAUCCGCUGCAUCCGCAUCCGCGUGGCGAACGCGGUGGCGGUCGCGGCUUUCGCCGCGGCGGUGGUGCUCACGAUAUGGGCGAACGCGGCGGUCCCGGCUCUUAUCGUCAGCAUCCGCCGCCUCUGAUGACGCUGCCCGUGCAGCCGCCGGGUGGGUACCAUGGAGCCGGCAGCUCGCGUGGCUUCCCACACAAGCGCAUGCCCUACGGCGGCGGUGGUGGUGGCUCCUUUCUGAAGAAACAUGGCGGCCAUGGCGGCCCAAUGCAGUCGCAGCAGCACUCGUCCUUACUCCUAAUGCAGCACACACCGAAACCGCCCACAGCGGCGGCGCAGGCCAGCGCAGUGGCCGCUGCCACCACAGCGGUGGCUGCAGCUAAGGCGGCAGCUCAAAGCGCCGCCAAUGCCACCACAAAUCCCGGCAUAUUGGGUCAGGUAAGCAGCAGUAAAAUAACGAGCUCAGCUGCUGCCGCUGGUGGCCAUCCCGGCGCGCUAGAAAAUGCCGAAGAAUCCUUGGCGCUGGUGGCCAACGCGCCGGACACGGCCAACAGCGAGACUGUAGCCGAUCAGGGAACGGCAGCGGGCACGGGAACGGGCAUAGCAACAGGCACAGCAGUCGUCGCAAGCGUCGAUGACGAUGAUAAGGUCAAUAAUAAUGGUGAGCUGAGCGAGAUUAGCGACAGUGAUGACGACAUACUCAACAAGACGGAUAAGGUGAAGCCCAAGUGUGAGUCGCAGCUGGAGAGCGCGUUGGCGGGCACACAGGAGCUGUCCACAGAUACGCUCUCCAAUGAGGAGAUCAAAACUGAAAGCACAGAGAGCAACAAAACUGGCGCUGCCGCUACGACCAUAAAAGUCGAGGAGGAUGAGGUGCUGGACUUUGAAGAGAUAUCCGAUGGCGAGCUGGAAGAGGAUGCGCGACACAAGAGCAUAGGCGAUGCUCUGGGUGUGGACUGGCAGGGUCUGAUAGCGGAGACGCGCCAACAGGCCACCGAAUACGCCACACAACAGGGCGCGGAUCGCAACACCUCCGCCAAGCAACGCUGGCAGCCGCAUCGCGUCCUCCUGAACAUGGGCAUAUCCUUUGAGAUGGCAGGUGCCCAAUACGCACGUCAUCUCAUCGAGGAUGCACGCCAACAACUGCAACUCGAACAGAAUGGCGAUGUCUGUGGCGAUGCAAAUCAGAAUGGUGGCUCUCCGACAAGCUUCCACUUGCAGACGCCGGCCCACGACUAUCGGGAGAUUCUCGCCACGGAGCAUGUGGAGCCCCUGGCCUGUGUCCAGCUCGGCAUACGAACUACGGCCGCUGAGCGUCAGCGUUUGGUGGGAAAUGUCUGCGGCCUGAAUAGUCGCGCCCUUAGCGCUCGACAGGAUUUGCGCUUGCGUCGCCAAUUGUGCGGCCUGCCCGCUCGCGAAUGCGACUUUCCACGCAAUCUGCCCAUCGUGAGCGAAACCCUGCGUUGUAUUUCCCUCCAAAUGUUUCAGCGUUCGCUCGACAUCAAAAGCUAACUGAAGAAUUGAAACAAUAUAGUCUGCAGAAUUAUACAACUGCUAAAUAUACUAUAUUGUUAAAUCUGUUAUUGAAAAAUGUUCUCAAAACUCAAUAACUCCCCCCAUAUAUAUGCACACAUGCUGUUGAGGAACAAAAUGCGAAUAAAAGGCACCGAUUCCAUUUCCAUUUUGAACGCUAAUACAAAAAAUAUGUUCUAAAUAAAAUUAUAUAUAGAUGUACAUAUGUAAGAAAAUGUAUCGCCUCUAGCUUAAUAAACCAUAUUUCUCAACACA